AUGGCAGCGCAAAAUGUGCUGUCGAGACAAGACGUCCUAAUCGGCGCGUCGCUGAUGUUUUUCGGACAGCAGCUUUUUGGUGCGGUGUUCGUAUCUGUUGGGCAGAAUGUACUUGAUAAUCAGCUUGCGAAGCACUUAGCCAACCUUUCUGGGACGAACAUACUCGAUCCACACCAGAUCCAAAAGACCGGUAUGACGGCACUGAUUGAUCUAGUACCACUUACAUUGCGGAGUGAGGGGUUGAAGGCAUACAAUGAUUCACUGAGGGCAUGCUUUCAGGUUGCUUUGAUCAUGGCUUGUCUUUCUGUUCCUGGUGCUGCAGGACUGUAA